GCGCCGAGCGACCAGCUCUUCAGCGAAUCCCCUCGGAGCCGUCAUAUAUCGCCCCGUCCAGCUCAAGAUGUUGCUACGACAAUCUGUCCGCCAGGGAACCCGAGCCAUGGGAAUCUUCUCAUCAGUCCGAUCUGCCCCCGGCAGACGGAUGUUGACCACCACUCCCGUCCGGCUCAACUCGUCACCACAACAGCCGAGUGCCUACCGGGAAGGGAUGACGAGAUAUAAGACCUUUGCAGGCCCCUUUGGCAAGGUCUUCUUGGGUGCCGUGUUCGUUUACCAGGUGAUCUACUGGACCUGGCUGAAGCUGGAGAUGGAUGAGUCCAAGUUGGAGAAGAACGAAGAAAUGUCCGCCUUGGAGAAAAAGGCACGGGAGUUGGCCGGCUCCAAGAAAUGAUUUAGCCUUGGAUGAAUCUCAAUGAAUUGUACUAUAUAAAUAUACCUACCGAUCUCAACAUGUACUCUACCG